AUGGAGGAGGCACUUAGGAGACUUGGUGGGAUAACCCAUUUACCUGAAUCUAACCCAAGAGAAACCAUCACCGAUCACCAGAAAAACUGCGACUCAACUACCACAACUACUACUACUACCACCACCACCAACAACAAAAGGACUUUGAAAGAAAGUGGUAAUUGUAGCGGUGGAACCAUGAGGUACCGUGGGGUUCGCCGCAGGCCGUGGGGCCGCUAUGCUGCUGAGAUACGGGACCCUCAGUCUAAGGAGAGGCGUUGGCUGGGGACUUUUGACACGGCGGAGGAAGCCGCCUGUGCCUAUGACUGUGCGGCUCGAGCCAUGCGUGGUCACAAAGCUCGAACAAACUUUGUUUAUCCAUCUACUGAGCCUCUCUCUACUCCUGAUCAUCUCCUCUCUCCGUUUAAUUUCUCCAAACAGCCUCAGCCGUCGGUUAGAGAUUUACCCACUCGCCAAUUUAACCCUGCGUCACACUGGCCAUCUUUCGCUAAUCCUCAUGUGGCCGAUCAUCACUUCUCUCCUCAACAGAAGAAUUCCUCGCUCAAUAUGUUACUUUUACGUGACCUUUUGAAUACUUCUUCCAAUCCUUCUUUGUAUUCGCCUACUCAAUCUUUAUAUGACCAGUUUCCAUGCAUUAACAACUCAUCUUCUUCAAAUCUUAGCGCUUUCCACGGAGGUUCUUUGGUGAUGAAUCCUUGUAGCAAUACCACAACAAGUUGCCGUGAUGCUAAUACUAAUGUAUUAUGCGAUACUUACUCUGGUUCUUUGGGGACUUUUCCUUUAAAUGAAAACCAUCAAGGCUAUAAUAACACCACCACGGGCUCUAUCAAAACUACUGUUGUUCAUCAAAGUGAUGACACAGAAUUCUUUCCACAAGAGCCUUCAGAUUCUGGCUUGCUACAAGAAAUCAUUCAAGGGUUCUUCCCAAAACCUUUGUCGAAGAAAUGUGAUGAUUCUUCAAACGCUAGUUCAAAUUAUAACGAAGGAUCGGUUGGUGCUGCACUGUUAUCUGAUGUUUCCGUUAAUCAUUCACUGGAUGGAUAUAAGAGGGGGCUUAGAAACGAGAAUUGUGGUUUCUACUUUGACUUCCAAGGUGGUCCUCAUCAACAGUUAGAGAAUUUCAAUGAAGUCUCUGGAUCUCACGCGAUGCCCUAUGGUAACGAGCUGCCGCUAAACCUGCAAGUGGGACCAGAAUCAAUUAAUACUGGUGAUAUAUUUCAGUACCCAGAACUUAUGAGUGCCUUCACAGCUAGGGUUCAGAAUGGUUAA